AUGUCCGAAUCCUCGAAUCGCAUAACCCGUCCCACGGACCCGGACGGUCUGGUCCUCGAGGCCUGGGGCCAGGGCCUCAUGGUUGGGUCGUUGGUGGUGAUGGCCGCAGUCACCUUCAGCAAUAUGAAGAGGCACAUCUUGCUUCAUAAGUUGAUUUUCGCAGAGCUCAUCCUCGCCAUCCCACAUGGGACAUGGAUCUUCUCCAAAGAGCCUGUCUACGGCUGGCAUCUCUCCGCUAGCGCAAUAGGGCUGAAUAUCUCGUGGAGUCUGCACAAUGUGAUUGCGUGGAUGAAGAAUAAGCCGUUUUUCUCGAAACGUAUCUCCUGGUUUUACAUUAUCACUGUGCUGCUGGUCCAGCCGUACUGGAUUCUGGAGAUCUAUGCCAACUUUACAUAUUUCAAUAAUAUCAACAAGAUAUUUUUGACGACGAGGCCGUUAGAGCCGUUGUUUCGAGAUCCGUGGUGGGUGCUAACGACAUGCUCCCUCUUCUACACUAUCAAACGCGAAUACAAUUUCGGGAUUGUGGAGCUUGUCACUGUUAGUCCGCGGUUUGGGAUUAUGCUCGCCUCGAUGUGCCUUUCUCUUGCGUUUGUCGUCGUGGACGAAUGCAGUGUUCUCGGCGCCUUCGAUAGCGCGUCUCUUCCUUCGGGAGUUCAGCCGUUUUGGAAGCUGUCCUUUAUCUUCAAGUGUCUCUGCGAUACCGUUAUCCUCGACGAUUUCAAGACGGCUCUUGAUCAACUGCGGACAUACUGGUUCCAAAAACACGCCCGGGCAGGCGACGUACUUCUCAACGUAGGCUCAGGACCAAAUCGCCCAGGAUAUCCUCUGAGAGCAGUGGGUGGGAAUGAGGAUGAACUCGAAGUCCUGUCGGGCAGUGACGGGCGCCACGGAAGUGGUCUGGGAAAGGUGGUGUCUGUUCAUUUUCCACGCGCACAUACGAGGGACAGUGCGGGACGGUCACCUGUAUAG